UAAUAAAAAAGAAAAAGAUAGACAAAGAGGAAAAGAAGGAGAGGUGCCCAGGUGGUGGGGGCGGCGUCGAGAGAGAGGAGGUAGUGGCCUGGGCGUGCCGGCGCGGAGGAGGUGGGGUGGUGGCGAUGGAGAAGGGCGCGGGCACGCGGCGGCGGCGGCUGGUGGAGAGGGGAUCGGAUCGCCUCGCCUUCAUCACCGGCCAGACGCGCAGCCUAUCCUGCGACCCGAUUCCAGGUUCACCAAGUUCAUAUGAUUCUGCUUCACCCCUUCAGUCUGAACAGCAGCAGAAUGAAGGUGCCUUUGGUGGUGAAAAGUUCAGCGAUAGAACUCAGUUGCAAAAGUCAGUACCUAGAGCUAGUAUUCACCAAGAACCCAGGGCUAGAACCUUAAGCUAUGACGACCUGGUGCCUGAAUUCAAAAGAGCUGAUACUCCCCAAGAAAUCAAGGCUAAACCCUUAAGUUAUGAAGACGAACUGUUCCACAAAUUCAAGACUGGCAGUGCAAGCGCAGUCCCUGAAAUUCAGCCAGUAAAUGAAACACCAUCAGUUCGAGGAAAAAAUGAAACACCAUCUCAUAGGCCUGAUCAGGAAACCCUCAGUAAGAAGACGAGUCAUGAAGAGGCACCAAGUGUCCAACCUAUAAGAGAGGUGGAAAUCAGACCCAGAUCAGCACCUCCAAGUCAGCCAAACCAAGCACACGAUGCGGGUUGGUCUGUGGAAACCCUGAAGGAACUCAUGAAUUUCACACCACAGGAGAUUACCAAGGCCAUAUCAGCGACAGAGAGUAACCGUCUCUUAGCAUCAAUCGCCAUCGCUUUUCUGGUGGUUCUGUCAAACUGGGGCCUAGACAUUGGCGGCGCCAUCACCAGAGUACUAGUUGGUACAAGACCACUUCUAUUUCUCAUCAUAACAAACAUUACCAUCGUGUUGACACUGUUGAUGGAGAACAAGGAUCCCAAUGCGAGGGGCAGACCUGUUGGCCCCAACCUGGGUUCUGCCGAUAGCUUAGGGCAAAUGCUGGAGAUCGGGUUGCUGCUACAGAAAGCCCUGGGAGCUCUGCUGAUUGACUGCAGUGUUUGCGCUGUUAUCAUGAUCUGUUUUCUUGGAUUCUGAGGGAGACUAGAUAGAAGUUUCACAGAAACCCUUGUAAAUUUUUUAUUCCGAGUUGUGCACCGCACUGUUCUGUCUACUAUUUGUCAAAUUUGUAGCAUCUCUUUUUGGCUGAGUUUUAAUUCGUGUACUCCGGUUUUCUGAACAUCUGUAGUUAAUUAGAGGUUACUUGAACCAGGGAUACAGAGUGAACAUUUUGGCUGAUUUUGUAUGUUGAUUAUUACGACAAACAGUGACUACACAGCACUUUUACAGAGAAAGAA